CGCCGUCUGCUCAUCUCUCAUCCUCUCGCGUAGCUUGCAUUACCACUGAGACGCCAUAAACAUGUCCACAAACCCGCCCAAUUUCCACGAGGUCGAGUCUGCGGAGCACUUCCAGACCCUGCUCUCCGAAGAUCUCACUCGCGUCUCUCUCAUUAACUUCUGGGCACCAUGGGCCGCGCCAUGCAAACAAAUGAACGAAGUCGUGCUGGAGCUGGCGAAGAAGUACCCCGAGGUCUUGGUGCUCGAGGUGGAGGCGGAGACACAGUCUGACAUUUCGGAGUCAUUCGAGGUGGAGGCCGUACCAACAUUUGUGAUCCUCAAGGGGCACACCCUCCUCGGGCGGAUAUCCGGCGCGGAUGCACCCGCGCUCACCGACGCCAUCGCGGUGCACGCGCGCGGAGUCUCAUCCAUCAGCCCUCAAUCGCAAACAGACCGCGCACCACCCGCCGCCGAGAGCCAGGAGGCGCUCAACCAACGCUUGCAAAAGCUGAUGACCCAGGAUCGCGUCGUGCUCUUCAUGAAGGGCUCGCCCGACCAGCCGCGGUGUGGGUUCUCGCGGCGCAUCGUGGACCUGCUCCGGACCCAGGGCAUCGAGUUUGGCAGCUUCGACAUCCUCUCGGACGAGACCGUGCGCUCGGGCUUGAAGGUGCUCAACAACUGGCCGACGUUCCCGCAGCUGAUCAUCAACGGCGAGUUCGUGGGCGGCCUGGACGUGGUGAAGGAGAUGGCAGACAACGGAGAGCUGAAGGAGAUGUUGGCGUGAAGAAGUUAAUGUUGUAUGGUAUUGUUGUAUUUUUGCCACCUUGCGAUUCCAUGAGCUCCGG